AUGGUCGCCGAUCAGGAGUCCAACGCAGGCUUCGGUGACUCGCUCAAUCCCACCGCCGGUACCUGCAGUGUCUCCGCAGCCAAACGUCUGGGCCCCGGCGCUCCCUCCACGGGUGCCCACCUCAUCGGCAGUACAGCACCUCCGACCGCGAGGCGAGACCAGCCGGCCAAGGGGGCCGGGCGCUGGUCCGCUCUGAAGCUAAGCGCCGGCGGAAGCGGUGGCUCUUCACCCGCUACACCAGGUACUACUUUCCACGUACUGCACUCUCAUUUUCUCCUAACUACUGCAAGGAAGGUUUUUGUGGUAUUACCGACAGUUUGACCGCCGAUUCCGACGAUAUCCACCACAUCAAGGCGAGAGCCGGGGCGAUGACUUACGCGAGUUAGUUUAUAGGGAUAGCAGACUUGCACGGCACCUACCGCACUCUCUCCUCCCCCUCCUCACCCGGACCCGGUGUCGAGACAGAGUGAAGAAGACCGGAGGCGGGGGAGGUCGUAGGUGGCUUGCACGGCCGUACCCGCACCUAGGCGGGCUGACACACCCUCUUGUCCACAACAUACACUUGGCCAGGAUUUUUUCACCAACAACAACACCCCAAAAGGGGUCAGAUGUACGAGGAUGAUGACUGGGCAGCCAUGGCCACCAUCUGUAUAACCAGCGGGAGCGCAAACACAUUUAGCGGCAGGGAACCAGUUCUCAGGGAACUGCCAGUGUAAACCAGGCUACGAGGGCCAGGUUCGCCGAUAAGGGCAUAGCAUACGCCUUCUGUCCCAAUGACGCCAGCCGAACUCCCAUCUAGCUCCGUGUUGGUCCGACGCAUCUACUGCCUGGCACGUUUUAGGAGGCAACACUCAGAGUCACCAGCAAGUCCCUCCUUGACAUAUUUAAAUUAAACACGGGAUGCCCUAGUAUGUGAUCAGGGUAGGUUCUAAAGAUGGCUUUAAUUCAAGCACACUUUUGAAUGAUGUGUUAAAAAACCGAAUUCCGAUGUUAUCAGGAAAAAAGUGCGUGAGGGCCAUUCGUGUGUUGCAAGUUAUAAGUAGGGUUGUAGGAUAUAACACUGCGGCCAACCGACUGAACCACACGAUAUGUUUUACACCUAAAUGAUGCUCCUCAGAGACCACACCAUAACAAGAUAACUUAAUAGCCGUCCCUCCGGCCUCUUUGGUCGAUGUCGUCACACUGGUCCCAUUUAAUGCCGACUCUGCAGAAGCGCUCUGCUAUCCUUGUCUAUGCCUCGGUCCAAAAUGCCUUGUGUCCCCUGACCCCCCUCAUCCAUCCAUCCCUCCUCCUCUACGUAGUUUCACCGCAUACUGCGCCACCGGUCACAGUAACCUCCAGCGAAGAUGUCUCCUCCGUCGGCCAACAUUCAGCCACCACCACCACCGGCACGGCAACAGACACGGACAAGCACUUCGUCAUCCUCUGCUCCGAGAAGCAGGCCCAGGUUGUAGCGCUGCCUUCGAGGACCUGUUACCACAAGGUUUGUCAUUCAGCACGGUCACCCUAUUGGCUCUUUUCUUCAAGGACUAGUCGCUCUCAGCAGCCUGCCUGUGCCAUUGUCAUCUGGGCUCAAAUCUCUGGUGGGAGGUCGGUUCACCGAUCAGAUUAGGAGACGUGUUCGUACCAGCGUGUCCUCGGGCUUGCUCUAGAGCCCUCCGGCAUGCAGUCGCAUAGGGACCAGUAAUUUCGCAUAGGAAGGCGAACCACCAAAGGGAAGAUAGAUUUUAUCUGCGAAUGUCUCUGAUGAUGGAUUCGAGUGAGAAUCCGAAACGUCAGGCCAAUACAUUUCUUGUACGAGUGAUCGAAUCUUCGUCUCCUGAAUAGACUGGAAUGGCUAUUUGGGGCCUUCUGGCCAUCUUCAGCCAGCCAUACCCAAUCCUAGACUCGGAGGACCUGAGAUUCGAACCUGGAUUCGUUAAUCGCGACUAGGUCUGGCGAUGUCGUUUUUCUGUCGACCGCAACUGGGAAUAUUAACUAUGAUAGGGCGGCGUUCACAGAUCAAAUUACAACCCUGGUCAAUAUUCCCGAAGGCAGUCUAUAGGAAAACGGUUUCGAGACUCAGUGCUGAAGUGUUGGGCGUGUAAACGUUCAUUAACCUAAGGAAUCUGUCCCAAUUAGUGACUACAGAUGUGUUGCAGAGUUCCGAACAGUCCAACCCGAGGGAGGCAAGGCCGUCUUGUUAGUAAUUUGACAUACACUGCUGUAGUCUCAAUCAUUGUGUUUAUGCGAAAAGACAUUCUUUGUGCCGUUUGAUUGAGUCAAAAAUCCUCACAUCAAAUUUUCCGGCCGGGGCCUCACUGCUCGGGUGGCUAAAGCGUUGGCUGUACUAAAGCCUUCUUCUUGAUGUCGUGGGUUCGAAUCCCACCGGGGCGCCGAGUUUUUCACAGUUGGGUCAAUAUGAAUUAUUCAAAAUCUGCCAGAAAAUCUGGUUAAUAUUCCCAGUCGAACCCAACAGGACAACUAGUCCGUGACUAAAUGCUAGAGUUUUGGACUCGCAAAUGCUCGUUAAUACGAAGGAUCCAAGCUAGAAUCCACCUUAGUUAGUGGUUUUUAUGUGUUGCAGGUAUUCAAACAGGCCUAUACAAUUGCACUCUCGCGUAAAUUAACCUUAUCCGUCCAAGUCGGGGGGGGGGGGGAGCAAAGACGUUUCACUAGUAACUUGACAUGCACUACCUCGAUCAUUUUGUUCAAUCAAAAAGACAUUUCUCGUGUUGUUCGUUGGAGGUAAAAUUCUCACAUCGAAUUUUUUCGUACCUGAAGUACAGUGUGACAAGGUGUUGUUUGGUCAUUAGCCUUCCCGUUGCAUACCGUUAACUGCAUGACUCUGCACUCGCCAGCUAAGCAUUCAUCUGCCAAUCCAUGCAACACAUAGAUCGUUUAUUUUUUACUUCAGCUACCUUCCAGACCGAGAAUCCAAAACAGACAGUUCUGUUUCUUGCAGCCAGUUUGGUCAAACCAAGAUUGUCGACAUUUCUGUGCCAGAUUUCUUCCGCCGUUUGUCUGGUCUGGAACUGAGUGAUUGGCCCUGUGGGUGUAGGAUGUCUGUGUCAUUAGUUCCCUGCAAGUCCAGGUAAUACGCACAAACUUCACUCACCCAGUCACCCGAAAAAACAAAAACGCUUGUAUAUUCCUAUGACUCGUCAUACAUGGACAUUUUUACUCGCAUCUCUGGCAUUCGAGGACUGUGCCGACUGGUGGAAGGGGAAACCUUAUUGGAUGGCGGCAAAACUCACCAUGUCGCACUAUCGCCAUUGUUUGGAGCCCUUUAUAGGCAAUUGUUUUUUUUUCUCAGAUCGCUGUGCUGACUCCUCAGAGGGUACUGCCAUUCCAUGAUCCGAGGCUUCUUUAGUCGUCAGACCCGCCGCUACGAAUGCACUGCCCUCGCGAGUAAUUGGGUUUCUUGGGGUCUUAUGUGGGUUAUGCUCUUCCGUGCACACAAGCACUAACACUUAAAUUAAGAAUAUGAAUGUAGCCCUGACGACUAACGAUCGACUAGUUCGUCGCCAGGCGUUUGUGUGUUCAUACCGCCAUGUAGCUUGACGGAAGUUAUUAUAAACGGAGCGAUUGAUAAAUGCCCAUCAUCAAAAGAUCAGGCUCAUGUGCCAAAACUGUCAUAAGUCCGUAAUCGGUUCCACUUAGGAGAAGGUCAAAGACACCAGCGCGAGGACUUUAUUCUGUACGUGCUUAUUAGGCAGCGACUCAACUUGGCCGUGGCGACCUAAAUUUUGAAAUUCGUUUCCGAUUAGGAGGGAUCGCUUAAGUGGGGAUGCAGUUUUUAUUAAUUUGAAGCAUAAUCCCGUAAUAUUUCAGAUACAUCAGGAUGUUGGCUUUUGAAUGCACUUCUUUUCCGUCACCUGCAAAAAACCGCACUUGCCAAAACUACUAAAGUAGUAUGCGUUUUCCCAUUUAUUUUUGGUGCUCGUGGAAAUUCAAAAAUAUUUUUUGGAUAGCAUGCAUAAGAAUAUUAUUUGUCGCACCCAUUUGGUUGCAAAUCACGUCUUCUCCUUAUUGCGUACGCCCAGGAAGGGAUUUUUUGGCUUUGGAAAGGUUUAUUAUUGUGACAUUUUUAAAACCGCGAAAUGUAUAUUCAAGUAGCAUCAUAUCUGUUCGUCUGAUAAUGCCCCUCAUUAAGUAUGCCACAUUUUAUGAGCCCCCUAUGGUAGUUUCUUAAUGCCAUACGAGGAUACAGGUUGGAGACUGAAGACCCUAAAUGAGAAGCCAACAGCAGAUCUGAUUCAAAAUUGUCCGGAAAUUGAAAAACGUUUUAAAAACAUAUGGCACCCUUUCUGAGAGUAAACAGUUUGAAGAAGACGUGAUUCCCCUGACAAAUGAGAACGAGAAAUAAUACUUUUGUGCAUGCUACCCGAGAAAUAUUUUUGAAUUCCUAAGAGCAUCGAAAAUCGGCAGACGAAGCGCAUACUACUCAAGUAGCCACUUUCGCCGAGCGCGGUUCUUACAGGUGACUGAAAAGGAGUGCGUUCAAAAGCCAACCUCCGAGGUGGUCGAAAUAUUAUGGGAUUAGGUCACAAGUUAAACAAUAUGCUUUCUGACCGAAAAUGCACUUCAUAAUUUCGAUUAACGUUUCAUGGGAUCGGCCACUGACUGAAGGUGAGAGUGCGCGCUCUUCGAGCAAAGAAAUGCAUCAGUCAGUAAUCACGUGACGAUGGGGCAACGUACUACCGUCGUCCUGGCGUAGGCGCUUUUCGUUGGCGUUUCGGGAUGGUUCAGUCACAGCUGCGUUCGCCGAAGGUUUUGAUUCUUACCGUAUCCUGUACAGCUUAUCGUCUAGCAUCGACUGGUUGACGUACGCAUUUGACAUCUGGAAGAUGUGAGCUCGCUGGUGUGAUUUAACCAAUGGGUUAAGCGAAAAGUUCUUUGGUUUUUCGCAUUCACUCAGCCCUUAUGAAUGACCACCUUCUAGGAUGCGGACUCUUUAUGAAAUUCCUUUAAAAAGCGAAAGAUUUCAAGCACUUGAUGAUUUUUUUUUAUUAAACAACAUUAUUACUUUUCUUACCAUCCGGGUUUUUCUCACGCUGAUCGGUUUGCAUCGUCUCUUGUGUCCUUAUAUAUGUAUAUAAACAUCGACGAAACACGCACCUGGGCUUUUACCUAACACCUGCGUUGGAAACUUGGUGAGACCACUGACGGGCAAAAUGAUGCUACACGCAACGCUACUUAUCUGUAGGACGGGUACCACGCCUUUAUUCUUCGAAAGUUGAUUGGGCAACGGUAUAGAGAUGGACCCCACUUAACUGUCAGUAGACCUUGGAUCGUGCCAUACGUGAUUUAUGGUAAAGGGAGUUUUAUGGGUGAGGCAGCACGCUAGACAGUAAGCUGGCAAAAUGAAAGAAAACACGGAAAUUGUCUGGAUUUAUGCUGAAGGUCUUAUCCCACGCUAUUGUACGACAGCGAAAUAAGAGUAGUAAUUAAAGAAGAGACAAAAAGUUAAUUUCGCAGAAUAACGGCUUUUGAGUUAGGUGUGAGGUCGUGGGAAGGAACCGUUGUUAACAGUGUAAUUUCUGCAACAGCCUGCAAAUAUAUGCCGAGAUAAAGCUCCAUAUGACACGAUCCACAGUCUGCUGACAGUUAAGUGGGGUCCUUCUCUAUACCGUUGCCCACCCUGGGUCAGCGACAGAUAACCUGAGGAGCCUGUUUAACGGCGAUGGUGGUAAUAGGGGUCAUGCGGCCACGUAAAAGUAAUUCGAGAAAAUAAAAACGAGCAAAAAGGUAAAACUGCAUCCAGAACCUUUUAAUGCACUGAGUAAGUAGGCGGUAGGAAAGUGCAUAACUUCGAAAAACUACCAAAAAACAGUAGUCAGGGGGUUGCAGGCAACUGAAUAGACCGCCGUUGCCUAUCUACCUGAAGGUCCGGAUUCAGUGGAGUACGCGGCCUGCCCCGGGUACAAACCAUACCCUUACCAACUUACAGUAGAUGUGCUAACUCAUGAAAUGUCAACCAAAGUUUCGAAAUGCCUUCUCGUUUCGAAAAGAUAAAUUAAGUAGUGUUGUAAAACCAAUCAUGAUGUAGCAUAGAUCUAUAAUAAUCCAGUUACCCCAGGGUGUCGGCUUUCCAAAGAACUUAUUUUCGGCUGCAUGCAAAUCUAUACUCUGCAAAAAAUGACUACUUAAGAAGUAUGCAAUUUUCUCAUUGAUUUUCGAUGCCCUUGAAAAUUCAAUUAUAUUUCAUGGAAAACAUGCAUAAAAAUAUUCAUUCUUUUACUUAUUCGGUAGAAAAUCACGUCUUUUUCCAAUUUCACACUCAAAAGAAGAGUAUAAUUCGGUUUUAAAAAACUUUUCUAAUUCCCGAAUGAUUUUGAACCCGACCUGCUGUUACACUUGCAUUCAGGGUUUCAAAACUACAAGCUGUAUAUUUUCCGUGUACGGAAAACCAUGCAUUUCUCUACGGUGUUAAGAGGAGACCAUACGAGGUUCAUAAAAUUAAGCAGUGGAUUUGAGCAAUAUCGUUAACUUUACAAGCCACAUUCGUAAAUGCAGAUACAUGACGUUUCAUGAACGGCCAUUUAACGGUAUUAAAAAAUCUCACAAUUAGAAACUUUUUUAAAACCGAAUUAUACUCUUCUUUCGAGUAUGAAAUUGGAAGAAGACGUGAUUUUCUACCGAAUAAGUAAAAGAAUGAAUAUUUUUAUACAUGUUUUCCAUGAAAUAUAAUUGAAUUUUCAAGGGCAUCGAAAAUCAAUGAGAAAAUUGCAUGCUACUUAAGUAGUCAUUUUUUGCAGAGUAUAGAUCUUGCAUGCAGCCGAAAAUAAUUUCUUUCGAAAGCCGACACCCUGAGGUAACUGGAUCAUUAGAGAUUUAUACUGCAUCAUGAUUAGGUUUACAACACUACCUAAUUUAUCUUUUCGAAACGAGAAGGCAUUUCGAAAUUUUGGUUGACAUUUCAUGAGGUAGCCUCUUAACUCCGUGUCCUUCCUUUGCUGAUUUACUAAAUUGUUAAAAACUAUGUUCAACCCCAAGUUUGGACUUCCUGGAGCGAGAGCAUCCGAUUGGUGAACGAUCCUUUCACCUCAUACAGCCAUAUUCAAAUGUUCGCGGUGCCAUCUUGCUUAACUUACCUCCCUGUUCUCUACUGCUGCAGGUGAAGAUAACAGAAACGAGCGCUGUUAUCCGUGCUGAAGUUAUGCAGCUUCGUCUCCCACCCACCUCUGGACCUCCGACCGGUGGUGGUCCAACGACUUCCGCCGCCUCGACCAGCGCCUUCUUGGCCUGCCUCCUCUCCAAUGGCCACUUGCUGGCCUUCUCCUUGCCCAGUCUGCGGAUGCUCAGCGAUGUGGACUAUCUGCACUCCGCGAUGACCACUGUCCCUCUGCCGUCCCUGGACCAAUUCACGUUUGGCGGUCUGGGUCACUGCAUCUACAUGCAAUCGCCGUCGGAGCUCGUCAAGAUCACCUGGGCCGCCGAUCUGAGGUAGGUGCCGCCACACGUUUGUGACUUCGGUCAAUUCAGCCUGUUUUCCUCCUCCUCCUCCUCCUCCUCCUCCUCCUCCUCCUAUGGGCUGAUCGAGGUCUCCUCCUGUGCGGCCAGUUAAUGCCUCCUCGUCACAAGCGUUAGCGCCAGGAGGGUUAUUUCCGUACUCUGCCUUCCGGCUGGAGAUGUAUGACUUUCAUUCCUAGCAUGCAACGAGGAUUAUCAAUGCCCUGAGUGCAUGGUAAUGACCUGCUUGUGGGUUGAGUUGAUAGUAGCGGGAACAUGCAUCGUAUUUACCUCAACCCCCCUCUCUCACACUAACCGGAUUGCAAUGGCAGAGCAGAGCCACGACAACAAGAAAUGGAUACGGAUCCAAUGGCUGAGGAGACUGAAUUCACGUUUAAGCCUACCACACACGUCAUGGUGCCUACACGCCCUUUCAAUUAACCAGCAGUCAGGUAGUGGUACAGUAGGUGGGCUAGCUCAUGAAAUUUCAACCGAAUUUCCGAAAUGUGGUUCCGUUUGGAAAAGAUUAAUUAACUAGAGUUGUAAAACUAGCCAGCGUGCAGCGUAAUUCUAUAAUAAUUCAGUUGCCUCAGGAUGCCGACUUUCAAACAAACUUCCUUCCUGCUGCAUGCAAAAACUACACUCUGUAAAAAAUGACUACUUAAAUAGCAUGCAUUUUUCUCAUUGAGUUUUGAUGAAUCUAUAAGUCUAAUUACAUUUCGUAGAAAAAAUGCACUUAGAUAUUCAUUCUUUCACUCAUUCGGUAGAAAAUGACGUCUUCUUCCGAUUUUGUAUUGGAAGGAAGGGUAUAAUUCGGUUUUCAAAAACUUUUCUAAUUCUUGAAUAAUUCUGAAACCGACCUGCCGUUACGCUUGUAUUCGGGGUUUCCAAACUACAAACCAUAUGCUUUCCGCGUACGGAAAACCAUACAUUUCUCUACGGUAUUAUGAGGAGGCUAUACGGGGCUCAUAAAAGCUAGUAGUGAAUUUGAGUCAUAUUGUUGACUUUACAAGCCACAUUGAUGAAUGUUGAGACUUAACGUUUUAUGAACGGCCAUUUCAUGAUACUAAAAAGUCUCACAAUGAUAAACUUUUCUAAAAGCAAAUUAUUCCCUUCCUUUGAGCAUAAAAUUGAACGAAGACGUCAUUUGCCACCAAAAAAGCAAAAAAUGAAUAUUUUAACGCAUGCUUUCCAUGAUUAUAAGUGGAUUUUUAAGGACAUCGAAAAUCAGUAAGAAAAAUGCAUGCUACUUAAGUAGUCAUUUUUACAGAGUAUAGUUUCUGCGUGCAGCAGAAAAGAUAUUCUUUCGAAAGCCGGCAUCCUGAGGCAGUUGAAUUAUUAUGAAAAUUCUGUUGCACGACGAUCGAUUUUACAACCCUACUCACUUAAUCUGUUCGAAAGGAAAGCACAUUUCGGAAUUUCGGUUGACAUUUCAUGAGUUAGUCCACCUACUGUAUUUUGGGCUCCUGACAAGGCAGCUGACGGCUACCGGGAGCUUCCUCACGCGUAGAGCAGCGCUCGCAAAAAAUUGGAUCUCUUGUCUCGCCUUUGCCUGCACCGUCUGACACAUUUACGCCGGUAACGGUUUGCUUCUGAUUGCCGUCGCUAUUAUUGCAAUCCAUCAACCCUGUCGUCCUAUUCACCACAGUUUUUCUCACAACGCUGACAAACCCAUCUUAAGCAAUUGUGUUUGGAGUUGACCGGAUGGUCAUUAUUGAGGUAUGUUUAAGAUAAAAUCCGUCCUUAGUUUAUCGGGCCACGCCCGGAGUGCGAGUUAGGUCGCGUGAGUGAUCCGCGUCGACGCGCCGUUGGGCUUUGGCAGGGCCCACCUCCAAUCGUCCUGACCCUGUCUCAUAAUCGGGGCAAGGUCGAUGGGAGAGGAGAGAGUUCGGUAGGUGCUUUGCAAGUCCGCCACAUUGUAAACCAAUUCAUGUACAGUCUCCGCCACGGAGCCCGCCUCAUUAGGCUGCAGUAGGCGCCGUCGCUUAUGACGGUCGAACUGACAGCUGGACGGAGCGUCAGGCUGCACAUGUCCCCGUUAAUGUGACCUCUGUGGCACUCGCACUUAGGUUCGUAUCCGAGCUGUCGAUCCCGUUCUCUGUGGCAGCCUGUUCUGUUCCGCUCGGGCCAGCCGGUGGGUGGCACGCGUAGACGAGCUGUUCGGCCGUGUCAACCCCUGCGUCCUCUCCCGCCUCCGGUCUUCUUAACCCCAUCCCUGGGCUAGGAGGGAGAUGGUGCGGUAGAUAUCAGCGCAAGUCUGCUACCAAUUCACGCGCAUGUCACCGUCUCUAUACCGCACAUGUUGGACACCGUCGAUAACUGUCGUGUCUGCAUUGUGUUUUUGGCAGUUUUGUUCCUGGUCUCUCCCAAAGUCUCCUUUAGUUCACAAAUCCCUUGGACUGUGAAAAUUUUGCAUUGAAUUGUCAUGUUUUCUACCGAUAUUGCGUCUCCCCCAAUCCCCACUAGCUCCAACCUGAAUGAAAUGCACGGCGACCUCUUCCUCCCCUGCACUAUGCCGGAGCCACCAAAGCGGAAUUUCUUCACAAACCUCUUUUCCGGCAACUUCACCGCCCUUGACCGAAACGAACUCUGUAAGUCUUCUUGACGUGCGGUAUUACCUUGUGUGCUUCCGCAGAACUUCUACGUUGCCCGGGUUAAGAGACGUAAGAGAUCCGGGUCGAUAAUCUGAGAAAAAUGAAGUGCUCGCCGGCUCAAUGAAAUUUUAUUGCUGACGUUUCGGGGGGCUCCUGUGUUGUUUGUCGUCACCUCAAUUGGGGUUAGUUGCAUUUGUGCCCCAUUCGGGUUAAUUAGUCGGCAGGCCGUGUUUGCUCGGUAUUCUUAUGCUCCGUGUGAUUGUCUUGAUCAAUUUCUGGCCAAUUAAUACCGAAGCCACUUUAUCAAGCAAAGCGAGCGCCGAGUUAGCAGACGAAGGUCACAACAAGAACAAUUCGAAGUCUGGAGGGCUAUUCCUUACAUUAAAGGAGCCUCUGAGGCGGUUUCACGACCGUUACUACCCGCCAGGGCAGGCGUUGCCCAUCGACCUCGGGAUGUUAGGGCCUUCACGUCCCCGACUGACCAUGAGGGAGAGGAACUGGAAACGGUAGGGUAUAGGAUCCCCAACUAACUUCAGCUAGCCUGAGGACCGUGUCAUAUGUUGAAUGGUGGUAAAAGGGAUUUUACAGGCGUGGCAGCACACAGAACGGAGAACAAGAAGACACGGAAAAUGGAUACAUUUCUGCCGAGAGUCUUGUCGUGCUCUAUCAUUUGGCAAAGAAAUAGCGAACUUCGAAUAAAGCACCACCGGUAAGUUUAGUCAGAAUGGGGAGUAAGCUUCAAACAAUUGGUACGGUGAAUAAUAAGUGAUUUUUACAGCCACGCUGAAUUUUGGGAUAUGCUUUUGGAGCUGUCAUUUGCUUGUGGGUCCUACACCCUACCGUUACCGAGGAACCUGCCGCGUGCAAAAAUCCGCCAAUGCAAGGGGCUGUCCGGUGCUUCGAUCGGUAGGUACAGGGAGGCACCGGUCGAAAUAAGGGUAAACUGAGCGUCUUUAAGAUGAGAAUAACUCUCGUGACACCUUCCAUCCCUUCUUUGCAGUCGGUGAACAGGCCUCAGGCAAGCCUGCCUGUGGAACAGCUGCCCUUCUGCCUGCACAGCGUAUGGAUAAGCUGAAUGCCCAGUCGACUUCGGCUGUCUCUGACAUUGCGAGAGCCCGCAAUGCUGCCAUAGAACGUGGUGAGCGGUUGGCUCAGUUGGACAUUCAGACUCAGGAAAUGGUUGACCAAUCCAAGUCGCUGGGCAAGGCCGCCUCCAUGCUUGCUGCCAAGUAUGAGAAGCAAGACAAAUGGUGGGGAUGGCCACGAUAA